UAGGAUUGAAAGACCGACAGCGACCUUCUUAGGAGACUGAGACUUAGAAGAACGGUAAUUCUGUUUUUUGUUUUUCUUUCGUCGUAUUUUUUAUUGACGGCAUUGAUCUACGCUAUUCCUGCUGUCAAGAGUGUGAGAAAAGCUCUGGGUUAAUGUCGCAUACAACUGUUGGAUACACGUGAAAAGGAGAGAUUGAACAGCAAAAAUGAAAAAUUGUCGCAUUUGGAAUUGUAUCCUCGUAUCGGUUUUUCUAUUACUACGGACCGGAAAUGUUGAUGGGAUUCAAAUAUGGGGCAUGCAGUUUGGACGUGCUUCGCUUUUGGAGAAGUUUAUUUGGAAAAAAAUGGACUUCGCUUAUCCUGACGAACGCAGUCGACAGUUAGCCAUAGCAAGUGGUGAAUACGUGCCGGAGAAUUCAUUACCAGUUGGUAUCGAAAUCUGGAGGAAUAAGCUGUUCGUCACGAUACCACGAUGGCGCGAUGGAAUACCGUCUACAUUGAAUUAUAUACCGUUGGACGCUAAUCAAGGUAGUUCGCCAAAACUUAUACCUUAUCCGAAUUGGACUCAGAAUAAGGCCGGUUUUUGUGGUAGCGGAUUGACCACUGUUUACAGGAUCCAUGUGGAUACAUGUGAUAGAUUGUGGGCGUUGGAUACCGGAACAAUAGGGAUCGAUGAAACGACUAUACAAGUCUGUCCUUACACCUUGAACGUGUUUGACUUGACCACGGAUAAGCUGCUGAGGCAGUACAAGCUCAAAUCGGACGACAUUAAUCAAAACACUUUUAUCGCAAAUAUCGCGGUUGAUCUGGGAAAGGGCGGUUGCGACGACGUCUUCGCUUAUAUGUCCGACGAACUCGGCUACGGUCUGAUCGUGUACUCAUGGCAGCAAAAUACGUCCUGGCGAAUAACGCACAGUUACUUUAUGCCGGAUCCUCUGGCGGGCGAUUACAAUAUAGGAGGCUUGAAUUUCCAAUGGGGAACUGAGGGUAUAUUCGGAAUGAGUCUGUCCCCAAUAUUAGCAGACGGCUAUCGGACGCUUUUCUUCCACCCUCUCAGCAGCCAUCGAGAAUUCGCGGUGUCCACGAGGAUUCUAAGAGACCAACAGUUGUCUCAAAACAGUUACCACGAGUUUCAGGUGUUGUCGUCGAGAGGGCCGCUUUCCCAUUGCACGGCAUCCGUAAUGGACGAGAACGGACUUCAGUUUUUCAACUUAAUUGAUCAGAACGCAAUCGGUUGUUGGAAUUCCGCGUUACCUUACGCGCCGAUCAAUCAGGCGAUCGUCGCCAGGCACGACGAGGCUCUGAUAUUCCCAGCAGAUAUUAAGGUAAAGCGCGGUUUACUCUGGAUCAUGUCGGAUCGGAUGCCAAUCUUCUUGCUGUCGUCCCUGAAUUACACGGAUGUGAACUUUAGAAUACUCACCGUGCCGGUUCAGGCAGCGAUCGCCGGGACGGUCUGCCAUAACACGCCGUGGAGCUUUAUCAAGAAUCAAAUCUGGUAGUAUCAAUACUGACGAUUCAUUCGCUACGCGUAUACUACAUUUCCGUAGUAUCUCGGGUCGCAGCAGACGAUCAAUCUUUACGUGCUGAGAAUGUAAUUUUCAGUAAACUGUGAAAGGUGAUAACCAUAGAAACGUUGAAACGCAUUCCCCUCCAUGUCUCUGUACUCCUCUCAAGGCACAGCGUCCGCUUCUUGGACAGCGGACGGUGUGUCCGAUAAUAUGAGAAGCGACUAGCUUCGGCUCGUGCGCCGGCGCGGCGGUGCGAAAAAUAGCGAGUGGAUUGGCGUUGAAUCGGCGGCACCAGCGGCGGCGCGUUGCCCCGCAGGAGCCAAAUGGUUCAACGAGGGGCCCCCCAUUAGUUUUGGCCCUCGUUUCCGAUAAUUUGAAGCCAAACGGCGGCCGUUCCUGCGGCCUGAUAUACGAUCCGAUAUUGCUUCCUUCGAAAAUUAUCCGUUUCACGCCUCCGCCCGUAAAAUAUGGCCACGCGCCUCGUCUGCUCUCAUGGGGCCGUAUUCAGGAUUAGGACUUUCCUACUCUCCGGGCGACGCGAUGCACGCGGGCUGUGCCGUCUUUUCUCGUUCGGCGGGCUUACGCUCCGACGUAAUCGCGCUCGAUUGAACUUUUACCGUAAAAGCCGCCAUUAGAUCGCGAUAUUAAUAUAUUUUAUGAUUUAUUACAUUCCGGUCGCACCGCGUCGAUGUAUUGUGCGUGAUCUACUCGUCGGGGCAGCGAGUCGAUGAUUUACGCAUAGAUCACGGGGUGAGAUCUAUCCCCGAGAGUUGCGGGCGCGUAGCCCUAAAAUUUACGUGGCUGCGGCCCCGAGAGAUCCGCGGCGGAGAUGCACGCCUCGAAUGCUAAUUCCGAGGAUCGAUAAAUCGGCAGAUCGCGGCGCUCGGGCUCGGGACUAACUGGCGAUUAGAGGGCAAGCGUAGCAGAUACGGUUCGCCGAUUGUCCGUUGCGAUAUCGGCGCGUUUUCAAUUUGGAAAACGGGCCUUUUCGCGUGCUGCACGCCGAUCGUGAUAAGACGGGACCUUAAUGGCUCCGGAGCUGUCUCGUUAGCGCCUGGACCGCUAACGCUUUUGACCGCAUUGCGGAUCGAAGGGGAAGAUCGAUCGAAUCUGUAAUGAAUUAGAUACGCGCUCGGGGGCUUGCCUGGAAAGUCGGCCGUCUUAUCGCUUUUAUUAUCGAUUAUAUAGCGUCACAUGAAAAAUUGCUCGUGUGCAUUGUUACGUCUACUCGAAAUGUGAUAAUAAGCAGAGUCGUAUCGCGCGGAUAUUAAUGACGUAAACUCGUGCAUAAUAUAUAACACAAUUUGAUGGCAAUGAGAACAAUAUGGUUGAAUACUGCAUACUCCGCAUAUAAUUUAUGUAUAUAGAGCAGCUUGCCUUAGAUUUUCUGGAAGGCGUUGCCCAUCGCUUCGUGUGGACGCGAGUCGUAAAAUCACCUUUGAGUGAUGAGAAAAAAAAUGGGAAGGUGCGAAGGGCCACACUGCCCGGAGGUAAACAUAAAAAGAAAUUGGUUCGAAACUGCUGUGCUGAUUACAUGUUAUAUACGAAAAUCUGCCGUCGCAGUGGCGCGUUCUGAAAUUACCGAACUGAAAAUUUCGCAAAGAAUUCGUUUCUAACAUGUGUUAUUAUACAUCUAUAUGUUGUGUGUAUUAUAAUAUGUUUUUGUUAUUUGUAACAUAAUCUCAUAUUAAUUAUUGUUAUAAUUUCUUCACGUAUAAAAUCUUUUAAGCUACAAGAAAAUAUAUUAAUUUUUAUAUAUAACUACAUAUGUUAACAUCUGUUAACAAAAAUAAAGAUUGAGUUGCAUUUUUGGCAGAAGUAAGUCACAUUACAUAACUGAGCUAAUUGAAUUAACUUUAUUAUUUACUAUAUGAGAUGAAAAUUGUUAGUAUCGAGGUAUAAGGAGCGAAAAUCUUCUCGAUACGCCACUGAAGCGAAAAUCGCCCGGUCGAAUAUCAGGGCGAAUAAAAGUACACGACGGCCGGAUUUCAGAUCGGCGCUAUCCUUAGGUUUGUUUUAAAUUAACACCUACCCCGUGCGAGCACACGGGCACAAAGCACACUUUAACACCUUUUUAAAAGGUGGCUGCACGGCGGCCGUCCGCUUUUUUUCAUCGGCGCCAGUAAUUAUGGGGUUCCGGCGACGACGUGAGUCUCGUUAUAAGUUACUCUCUCGGCCACUUUCGUAUCUUCCCUAAUCUUUUUGAUUUAUUUCAGUUUGAAUGAAGUAGAGAGGCUCUUCUAUUUCUUAUAGCUGAAAUCUCGUUUACUUCCGCGAGAAUACAAAAUGUAAAAAUCAUGCUAACGCUGACGAUCAAAAAAUCAAACGUCACGGCUGUGACGCUUAAAUUUCCUGAAGGUAAUGUAUAGGAGUGCGAUUUUAUUUUUAAUAAAUCAAGAAAAGUCUUUAUAAUUUUAAAUUUAAUUAAGGAUAUUCUGUUUCAAUCGGAUAAUUAUAUGCGAAUGCAUUCAUCGUAAAUUUUACAUAAUCGUAUUUUGUGAUAAAAUAAAAGAAAUUUUAAUUAUUUAAAAUAAUUUUAAAAUAUUUGUAUAAAUGAUAAGUUAUUUUAAUAAUGCUAUUAACUGUAUACAUAUCUAAAUUUUAGUAGAAGAUUGUAAAGUGGAUUUCAUUACGAAUUCAGAAUAAAAUCAAAUAUUUAUAAUUAAAUAUAAAAGCUAUGCAUAAGCAUUAAGAAUUUAAUGUUUAAUGUAAAAAUUGUAAACGUAGAAAUAUUCCUAAAGGAAUAGGUGCUUCCAUCUGUAUAGAGGACUUUCAAGAUAAACAGGCGGCAGCCUCGACCGGGAACUGCAUACAUUCAGCUAAUACUGUCUUCUUUCAUGUGCUGCCUCUACAGAAACCAUAAAGAAAUAUGAUAAAUACAAUUGAAACGAUUGCAAUUGAAUAAUUUUACAUAAUAUGCUUGUAUGAAGUGUAUUAUUAUAUAUAAUUAUGAGCAAAUAGGAUACAUAAUUUUCUUCAUAAAUGUAACGAAAAGCACUCGCAUGUAUAUAAUUAUAAAUUAAAAUAAUGAAAUUUGAUGACUAUUUGCAGUUGUAUAUUAUUGUCUCUAUAAAAGAGAAUAAUUAUAUUUGGAUAACAUAUUGAUUCACGUAUACAUAUAGUUUUAACUUUUUUAAUUAUUGCUUACGGAGAAGCAGCUAAAAUUUUUAUUUUACAAUUCUCUUUGAAAAAUAAGAAUAUAAGUAUAAACAAAAUUGUUUAUUAAUCUUUAAUCACUUCUACAAGUCAGAUACUGAAAAAUUGUUUUAUGCUUUUAUACUAUUUGCUUGUCUACGGCAACUUUUCAAAUUCAUAUUAUCUCUUUUUUAAAUUAUACUUUAAAGGAUAAUUAAAAAAAGGAUAAAUAAAAAUUAAAGUCUAAAGAAUUAAUAAUUUUAAAUUAUAAAUAAAUAAAAAUGUAAACAGGAAAUUUUUGUUGUUUGAAUCGGAAGAAAAUAAUAUUUAAAAAGCCUUCAGUUUUUAACUUCUAUAGUAUCGUAGAAUUAGCGUGCUUAAAUAAAAUUUAUAAUUUUAAGAAUGUUAUGUCCUCUAAAUUUUAUAUGUGUAAAAUGUUAGAAAUAAUAAUUCUUGUUUUGACAUUUUUGAUUAAUUAAAAGUUAGUUUUAUAUUAAUCAAAGAAACUAAGACUAAGAAAUAUAGCUCGUUAAAUCUAAGCCAUAAUAUUUCAUUGAGUGUACAUUUGUCUUACUAAACUAAUUACCUAUUUCUGCAAAAUUCUCCAUAGUCAGCUCGAACUAUGAGUAAGUUUAGCUCCCAUGUACGCACCCAAACUUAUUGUCAUUAUGCUGCUUCAUACAUAUGCAGCUUUCAUAAUUUUAACUUAAUGCAGACUCUCAGAGUAAUUCCCUCUUUUGGACAAAAGUUUAAAAAAAUGAUAAAUAAAAACUAAAAACCGAUAUACAUAUCUAAAUAAUAACAAUCUUGAAUAACUACUGAAGAGAAAUUGUAAUCAAACACAUGUUUAAACACGUGUGUGAGUGUAUUGCGAUUUUAGAAUUCGGCAGGAAUCCCUUUGAGACACAUAAACGCAGGUUGUAGCUGCAACUACAUUGUAGCCAUACGUAGCCACGUUGAAAUUCAUUACAUCACUCUGCGCACAGAAGAAAUGGCUUUGCGUGUAGUGUACAAAAAAAAAAAAAAAAAAACACUAAAA